GGGAGGGAGCCGCCGCGGUGAGGCCGGGCCCCGCCACCGCCGUUAGCCGCCGCCUCCCCGCCGUCCUCAGCAGCGGUGGCGGGGCGGGGAGGAGCGACCGGCCGCGGCCUGCGCCGUUCGCUCUCCCUCUGGACAGCCCAGCGGCGGGGGGACAGCGCUCCGCCAUCCUCUCUCCUCAGCCCUGUUCCCUUCUCUCCCCGCCCCGCAAAGCCCCCGACCUGCUCCGAGCCCGGGCCAGAGGUUUCUCCAUUGACAUACAGAAGAAUAUAUGCUGAUUCUGCCACAACUCACAAGAAAAAUGAUAUUCAUCCAGCAUUCCUGAGUCAUAAGAAUGGGUCCAGAUGUACCUCUGCUGAACGAUUACAAACAGGAGUUCUUCUUGAAGCGCUUUCCACAGACUCUGCUGGGAGGUCCCCGGUUUAAAUUAGGCUAUUGUGCCCCUCCUUACGUAUAUGUGAAUCAGAUUAUUCUUUUCUUGACACCAUGGGUUUGGGGAGGAGUAGGAACACUUCUGUACCAAUUAGGCAUUAUGAAGGACUACUAUACCGCAGCACUUUCAGGAGGACUGAUGUUUGUGACUGCACUUAUUCUUCAGAUGACAAAUCUAUAUGCCAAACAGAAAACAGUGACAGUAGAAAGAAUGCAAAUUCAGAAUACCCUAACAGAUGAAGAUGAGUUUGAAUUUUCCAGCUGCGUAGGUUCGGAGACUGUAAAAUUUAUUAUUCCUGGCAAGAAGUAUAUAAUCAACACUGUAUUUCAUUCCCUUCUGGCAGGGGUAUUGUGUGGGUUGGGAACUUGGUAUUUGCUGCCAAACAGAAUAACCUUGCUAUAUAGCAACAUUGGAGGAACUGUUGUGAUCUUUGUGUUUGGUUGGGUGACGAUAUGUAUAGGAGAGUAUUCAUUAAUCAUAAAUACAGCUACGGAAACAGCUACUUUCCAACCACUGGACACUUACGAAAUCACUGCUCUGAUGAGACCUUUCUACAUAUUUGUCUUUAUUGCAGUGGAUCUUGCACACAGGUUUGCUGUCAACGCACCCAUUCUAGAACAGACAAACCAGAUUUUGCACAUCGUAUUUCUUUUUCUGCCGUUUUUAUGGGCAAUGGGAAUUCUGCCCCCGCUUGACGCACUUUUUCUGUGGGGAAUGGAACAACUGUUGGAGUUUGGACUAGGAGGUUCACCUAUGUCAAGUAACACAAAGUUAUUAGUAAUGUUUCUCAUUUCUGCUGGAACAGCAAUAGCAUCGUAUUUCAUUCGCAGCACUCUCGGUGUGAUCCUCUUCAUGACUGGAUUUGGGUUCAUACUGAGUCUUAAUCUAAGCGAGAUUGGUUUUGCCUUCAAACACACCAUGAUCAGCCAUUUAGCCUCCAGCAAAUCUAAAAACAUGCACAGAGGUCUUAGAACGCAAUUUGGGUGGAGGGAAUUUAUAUUUUAUUUGACUGUGUUGACAUUUGCCCUCAUAGAAGCCGGCCUGCUGCAUCAUUUUGCAGGCUUUUCAUCAUUUUCCAAAGCCAGUCCUCAGGCUAUAGCGAGUUACAUUCUGAUCGUAUUACUUAUAAUUAUGUGGAUUCUUAGAGAGAUUCAGAGAGUGUACUUGUUUGGAGUCUUCCGAAACCCCUUUUAUCCAAAGGAUGUCAGGACUGUGACUGUGUUCAUGGAGAAGCAAAGAAGGCUGAUCAAAGUUGGUGUUGUCAGGAGGAUUUUACUAACACUAGUGUCUCCGUUUGCUAUGAUAGCAUUCCUGUCACUAGACCGUUCGCUACAAAAUCUUCAUUCUGUGUCUGUUUGCAUUGGAUUCACAAGAAUAUUUAGGAUGGUCUGGCAGAAUACAGAAAAUGCUCUACUGGACAUAGUGGUUGUGUCAAUAGCACAAAUGUUGGUGUCUAAUCCAGACCUCUGGUGGAACAGGAGCCUUGACACAGGAAUCAGACUCUUGCUGGUUGGUCUCCUCCGGGAUCGGCUGCUUCAGUUUGUCUCGAAGCUGCAGUUUGCCGUAGCUAUUCUGUUGACAUCGUGGACAGAGAAAAAACAACGUCGUAAAUCUACCGCCACCUUAAUCACGCUCAAUAUCGUUUUCUUCCCGAUCCUGCUGACCUUCAUCGCCGUCUCCGCUCUCCUUUCUUCUCCCUUGCUGCCGCUCUUCACGCUGCCUAUAUUUUUGAUCGGGUUUCCUAGGCCUGUGCGAAGCUGGCCAGGACCUGUGGGCGCUACAGCGUGUGUUUGCUCCGACACGGUGUACUACCAGCAGCUGGUUCUCAGUCUGGCUGGUGCUCUGCAGUCUGCGCUCGCAGCCGGUAGCCUAGGUCUCUUUCUCCCUGGCUCACAUUACUUGUGCCGUUUUCAGGACAGACUGAUGUGGAUAUUGGUGCUAGAAAAAGGCUUCACUUACUGUGGCGUUAACAUUAAGGGGUUAGAAUUGCAGGAAACCUCUUGUCAUGCAGCUGAAGCUCACAGAGUUGAUGAAAUUUUUGAAAUGGCCUUCGAACAUCAGGAGCACACAAAGAUUCUCUCUCCUAAUCGCCAUUUUGGGCACAUUUUGACUCCUUGUACGGUCCUACCUGUGCGGCUGUAUUCCGAUGCCAGAAACGUGUUAUCUGGAAUAAUUGACUCUAAUGAGAAUUUAAAGCAUCUGAAAGAUGAUUUCAUUAAAGUGCUUGUAUGGAUGCUAGUCCAGUAUUGUUAUAAAAAAUCAAAAACAUGGGAAAGCCCGGGCAAUGCUGACAAGAACAAAAAAGGAUCAUUUCCAGAAAAUCAGCAUAGCGGUGCCAUAGAAAGAGCCAGUCCUCUGAGGGAAGAAGACAGCUUUAGUGUCGAUACAAUUGAGGACUGGACUGAUGACAGUGACGUUUCUGAUCUUGAACCCUGUGGCAGAAUGAAAGACAGAAAAGAACCCGGGCAGUUGGGAACUACACCAAAAGUGCACCUGUCUAUUCCAGGAUUUGUAGAAGCACAGAGCCAAGACAUCCCACAAGAAACAUCACCAGAAGAUAAAUUAUACAGAGCUGUUGCGCUUGGGCUUCCUGCUGUAGACAAAGGGAAACAGCAAGAAGUUUUACCUCAGGUUGCAUUUAGUUGCUCUUACUCGGAGCUAUUGAGCAUCCCUGAAGAAUGGAGAACAGCCCCGGUGCCUGCAUCCAAAGUCAACGAAAUGCGGCGGAGGUUUCCAGAAGAAUGGUACCGCUUCGUUUUGAGUCAGCUGGACUUCUUUCAUCUGAAAGAAAAGCCUUCCAAUUUACUUGAAGACCUUCUGAAAGACAGAGCUUUGAAAGACUUGUACAUCCACGGAGCGUUGUCGUGUUGUUUUGGCCUGUUUGGACUGGAUAACACGGUGCCUGUUGCGAGCCACGUGUUCAGAGCGUACACCGGCGGGGUUCCGUGGUCCGUUGGCUUGGACUGGCUGACCAGCAAACCGGAGCUGUUCCAACUUGCACUGAAAGCGUUCAGAUACACUUUUAAACUUAUGGUUGACAAAGCAAGCCUGGGCCCAGUUGAGAACUUCAAAGAGCUGGUGAACUGUCUGGAAGAAUAUGAGAACGAUUGGUACAUUGGGCUGGUAUCGGAUCUGGAGUGGCGGCAAGCGGUUCUUCAGGAAAAGCCCUACCUUUUCGCACUGGGGCAUGACCCAAACAUGGGAAUUUACACCGGGCGAGUCCUCACGCUUCAGGAAUUGUUAGUACAAGUGGGAAAACUCAAUGACGAAGCUGUCCGAGGUCAGUGGGCAAAUCUGUCCUGGGAGCUGCUGUACGCUACAAACGACGACGAAGAACGCUACAGCAUCCAGGCGCACCCCGUCCUGCUGCGAAACCUGACGGUGCAAGCUGCCGACCCGCCUCUCGGCUACCCCAUUUAUUCAUCUGAACUCCUGCAUCUGCCCUUGUUCUAGAAUGUGGGUAGCACGUUUUUAAACAUUAUUAUUUCGUAUUUUCCAUCCGCACGUGGGGAAUCAAAAGCUCGUGCUACGUUUCUACACUACAAAUAAGAUUUUACUCCCGAAGUGGCGUUGGACGGCAGCGCCGGGCCAGCGGCCACACUUGGCAGGUAAAUGGUGCUAAGCCAGAACCUUCAGCGGGCGGGAAGUUCCGAACUGUUUUCUUGCUGCUGGAACAUGAGACACCAUUGCCUGUGCGGCUGACGAGCCAGGACAUGCUGAAAUUCUCUUCUCCAGUUUAGAGAAGAGCAGCAUAAUUCUGAUCAUUAACUAUUUUUGGUGCAUUCUCAUCUUUUUUAUGUAUAUGAUUUUUUUUCUUAUUAAUAGUUGGACAGGUGACUUGCGCUGACAGGUUACAGCUCACUGUAGUACCGUCAACCGCAGAGUUGGUAACCAAAGUGUACAGAUGACUAUUUAUAUGAUUGUUUUUUUAAUUCUGGCCAUUUUAUAUUGGACCAAGUUCAGUUUUAGCAUUUGUGAUAAUAUACGACUUUAGCUGAUCUUCCUUCAUUGUAGUGAGUUAUCAGCUACGCUUUAACAAAGCUGUAAGGGACAAUUUUUACCAAAGUACUUGUUUUGAGGGCAAAGAGAACUUCUACAAAACAUUGUGCACAUUAAUAACCUGGGUGACCCACGGAUGAAAGCGAACAUGUGUAAUUAGCGGAGAGAAGGAAUUUAAGUCCAAAGGGAUUAAUUUUCCAAUAUCCAGAUAUUUUUAAUAUAUAUAUACCCACACACAUAUGUUGUCAUUUGCAGCCUAUGUCCACAUCACUAACCAGUCUUCCACAAACACAGUGAGAGCUUGAUGACUGGGGGCAGGAGCAGAAAUCCAGCUGUCUGUGCCACAAUUAAUUUAUUUGUUUUUAACCAUACCAAGGGUUAGAAGAGAAUUUGGCAAUUGGUUUGUUACAGUGUUACAGGUCUCCUUGAAAACAGGUCUAGGUCAUCACUCUAGCGGCUUGUUUGUCCUGUUCGUUACCACCGGUCAUGAGCACAUAAAUGCCUUUUCUCUGUAGAUCAGUAGUGAUGGUGUUGUCGCUGCUGCAAACGCCAAGCGGGGUGUAGGGAAUUGUCCUUCUUUAACUCGUAGAAUCAGUUUAAAUCAGAUCUGCUUCAUAACUGGAUGCAUACUGGUUUAGAACACCCAGAACUGUAUAAUUCAGAGCAUGUUCACUACUUUUACUCCUCACAGCCUUUUUUUUUUGAUCGGUGACCAUGAAUGAUUUUAGAAAAAUACACAAACUGUGUAGCGGAAUCCAGAAGCGGGAAGGAAACACCUGUAAAACUCCACGGUACGUAACACUGCAACGUACAGGAUGAAAUUCACACAGGACGUUAAUGGAAGCAGCUUUUAGAUGGUGGUUGGUUGCUGCGCGGGAGCAUAAAUAACACAGUGGUGAUAACCUGAAGUCACUUUGCUUGGCCGUGAACUGUAGCUGGAAAUACAGAAUUGUGGAAAAUUAUGUGGGUGGGCCUUUUAGAGAACACCUGUGUCCCUCUCAAAAGGAACUACUCCUGCCAAAUGUUUAUUCUGAUUUAAAACUUUAAUUACCCGGAGUAUCACCAACUCAUUGAGUAGUUCACUCCAGUUCUUUGCUGUCCUUGCAGCAGCUAGAAUGUUGGGGGUUUUUUCUUAACUCUAAUUAAAGCUCCCUGCCUCAUUGUAAACCUCUUACUCCUUGUCUUCUCUAUGGUCACAGAAAAUUUACCUUUUUAUUAUUUUCAGCAACAGUCUGUUUGAAGGUGGCUGUAAUUUCUGCCCUCGUUCUGUCUUCUGUAAACCGAAUAAACUAGCUGAGGAAUAAGA